ACUGACAUUUCUCACUCCGCACGCCGUUGUCGUUUAGUAUAUUGUGAUGUAAAAUAGAAAUUAAAUUUCACAUGGAGAAAAAUCGUUUGUAGUUAUUUUUAUUUCUUUAAAAAAUUUUAAUAUAAUGUUAAAUUCAAGACGUGGAAUCGGUCUAAUAUGUUCCGUAACACAUCGUCUGUCUAUUUCAAAAGUCUAUCUGCCGCGACAACCACAUAUUCUAUCGAAAUGUGUCCAUCUCACCGGCUACCAUCAGGCCCGUGGCAAGAAGCCAGGUCCCAACAAUGUUUCUGCCUUAUUUAAGCCUGUCUUCGUCCGGCCGACUGAUGAUGAAUUAAAUGUUGGAGCUGAACUUGUGGGGAAGCUGGACAAAACAGAUUUAUUGAAUACACUCAAUAAAUUCACCCAGAAACGAGAGAUUAAAUUAUUGUGUCUCGAAAAUGGACUCGAUGCCUACUUACAGCAACAAGCGUUUGCAUCGUUCCGGCGAUUCUGCAUCGAGGCAGAGAACUUGCCGGUCGACUUGCACAUCACAAUAAGCGACAUCCUCCAUGGAGCUGGUCACAUCGACGACAUCUUCCCGUACUUUCUGCGUCACGCUAAGACCAUCUUCCCCCACCUCGACUGCAUGGAUGAUUUGAAGAAGAUUUCCGAUCUGAGAACCCCCGCCAACUGGUAUCCGAGUGCCAGAGCGAUAACGAGGAAAAUCGUCUUCCACGCGGGCCCAACAAACUCAGGGAAGACUUAUCAUGCCAUGGAGCGGUUCCUCACAGCCAAAUCUGGAGUCUAUUGUGGUCCUCUGAAGCUACUUGCCACCGAAGUGUUCAAUAAAUCCAACGAAAGAGGAACUGCGUGUGAUCUGGUGACUGGAGAGGAGAGAAAAUUCGGAAUCAACGAAAACACACCUGCCGCUCAUGUAGCCUGCACCGUGGAAAUGACUUCAGUCACCACUCCUUAUGAAGUUGCAGUCAUCGACGAGAUUCAGCUGCUUAAAGAUCCCCAACGAGGAUGGGCGUGGACGAGAGCCUUUUUGGGCUUGAUUGCCGAUGAAGUGCAUGUUUGUGGAGAAGCUGGUUCUCUAGAAUUACUGCAAAAGAUCUGCGAGACUACCCACGAAACAGUUGAAGUCCACACCUACAAUCGGCUCACCGAGCUGACAGUCGAAGAUUCAGCCUUGGUAACGCUGGACAAUGUCCAGCCGGGAGAUUGUAUAGUUUGUUUCAAUAAGAACGACAUCUACUCGGUGUCCAGGGAGAUCGAAGCGAGAGGCAAAGAGGUGGCUGUGAUCUAUGGAGGACUCCCGCCGGGAACAAAACUCGCCCAAGCAGCUAAAUUCAACGAUCCUGACAAUAGUUGUAAGGUCAUGGUUGCCACAGACGCCAUUGGAAUGGGUUUGAAUUUGAGCAUCCGUCGAAUAAUUUUCUACUCAAUAAUAAAACCGUCAAUGAACGAAAAAGGUGAGCGAGAGAUUGAUACGAUUUCGAUAUCACAGGCGCUCCAAAUAGCAGGGCGAGCUGGUCGCUUCAAAACCCAAUGGGAACACGGUUUUGUAACGACCUACAGGGCUGAAGAUCUGCCGACAUUGAAAAAUAUUCUCACCCAAAGUCCGGAUCCAUUGAAACAGGCCGGACUCCAUCCAACUGCCGAUCAAAUCGAGUUGUAUGCAUAUCAUCUUCCAAAUUCGACUUUAAGUAAUUUAAUGGAUAUUUUUGUGACCCUCUGCACCGUGGAUGAUUCCUUGUACUUCAUGUGUAACAUAGAAGAUUUUAAAUUCUUAGCUGAGAUGAUUCAACAUGUACCUCUGCCGCUGAGGGCUCGAUAUGUCUUCUGCUGUGCGCCCAUCAACAAAAAAAUGGCAUUCGUCUGUUCCAUGUUCCUUAAAAUUUCCAGACAAUAUAGCAGAAGUGAACCAAUCUCCUACGAGUUCAUUGCUCACCACUGUGGCUGGCCACUGGGUUUGCCAAGAACCAUCCUAGACUUGGUUCAUUUGGAAUCGGUGUUUGACGUCAUGGAUCUGUAUCUUUGGCUGAGCUAUCGCUUCACAGACAUGUUCCCCGACGCAGCCCAAGUCCGGGAAUCCCAAAAAGAGCUCGAUGAGAUUAUCCAACAGGGGGUAUUCCAAAUCACACGUCUGCUCAAAAACACCGAAGCCAGUCAACAAGCUGGAGACAAUGAGGCUUCGUAUCCAAUGAGAAAAACAACCUACACCAAAGAACCUCGUGUACCAUCUAGCGCCAGGGGUAGGUUAACUGAACGCCUGCUGGCUCAGGGACUUCUUACACCUGGGAUGCUCAGUGAGUUGCGAAAGGAAUGGGGACAGCAGCAAAAUAGAGAUCGAGACAGAGACAGAGACCGAGGCAGCAGCAGCAGUCAUUCAGACGAUAGCGACGAUGAUGGUGAUUCGCUAAAGAAACCGCGGAGAAAGCGAAAAAAGUAGUCACUCCAAAGUCAAGCUCAAGACAAAGACAAAACACCGACUGUUGAAAGAACUACAUACAAAUCUAACCAUUAGAAUGUGUCAAUAAAUUUUUAGUUGCAAUUUUAGUUAGUUUUAGUAUCAAGAUUCAAGAUUCAAGACUUAGAAAGUACAUAUACAUAAAAGAUAACUUGA